AUGUUUGAUUGGAACGACGAAGAGCUUGCUAAUAUAAUAUGGGAUGAGGGAGGUGAGAGCGAAGACCAUAUUGUGCCUUUUCCGGAAAGAAGUGAAGAUCUUAGAAACAAGAAAGAAGUAAAUCAGGAACCAGCUCUGUGUAAGCUUACCAAGCGGAAGCAACCUGAAACGAAAACUGAUUUUCACGGAAAACCAGGAAGCAGUUCAAACCUUGAUAAUAGUGGAAGACUACUUGCCACAGGAUAUGGAGCAAGCUCAUGGUCGGACUUGUCUUUAUCCAGUGCAACUAAAAUUGAUCAGGGUUCUCUGGGAAAUGACUUAUCUAAAAAUCAAGGUGAACUUAAUAAACUCAGUACAUCAAGAGAUGAAGAGACCACACAUCAUGAAAAUGAUGCUGAAUUGUUUCAAAAUGCCGACGAAGGGAAAGAACAAGGUGAUUUUGUUGAUUACGACUGGGCUAACAUAGGAAGUUUUGAUGACCUUGAUCGGAUUUUCAGCAAUGAUGACCCUAUAUUUGGCCAUGCAAGUCUUGAUAAUUCUGAUGAGCUUUGGUCUGCUAAAGAUGUGAGUAACGAUCAAGCACCAGCAUCCUUGGAUGUACCAAAUCACACAGACACUCUAAGGAAUAGAUCAGGGCAUUUUGAAAUCAAAGAAGAACACAUUCAUUCUAGUGAUCAAUCAUUUUCCCUUAGUUACGAAAAGGUUUCUGGUCCUGCAUAUCAAAGUAUACAAAAUUCACACACAACAACUGAUAACGUGGGAAGUGCUGGAGAUAGAAGUAAGCUUACUGGAAAGGAGCAGCAGAGUUUUAGGCAAAUGAAUCAGUUGAAAAUCCAGGAAAAGUCGCAUAUAAAACAAGAGGGGAAAGAUUUUCAGGAUUAUUAUGGUAAUUGGUCUUCUUCAGCAACAUCGGCAAGACAAUAUGAUAAUCAACUGGCACCUUCUGUCCUACAACCUUUCCCCUCUUCAAUUCUUGAGCAACGGAAGCAACUCCAAGGACCUGAGACACUAUAUCAGAACAUCAUAAAUCCAUAUGCAGCACCUUCUGUGUAUGGUAACCUUACUAAUGCAUAUCCUGCUACGCCAAUGCUAUCACAUAUUCAGUCGGGAAAUCUUAGGCAUCAGCCUGUGCUCUCUGGGAGAAAAUUGAAAAAUUGA